AUGAACAUGAACCAGCGAAAGAACGCGUCCAACCUGCACGCAGCCAACGCCACGAGCAUCGUGGGCAACUCCAUGGCCAUCCCGCCUCGACUCGGCGCCGCCACGGGCUCGGUACUCUCUGCUGCGCAGUCGGCGGCGACGCCCAUGACGGUCUCUGCCGCCCACUUGAGUCAAAUGAACCUCAGCCACGUCCGCAGUACCGCGUUCAAGUCCGGUAUACCGGUAGCAGGUGGCAACGUGGCGAUAGCAGGUACCAGUACGGCUUCCGCGGUAUUAAAUACGGCAGGUGCGGGCGCGCUCCAGCUGUCUGGCCGCUGGUCCCUCGACCGCGACGCGUCUGACUCGACAAAUGACUACCUGGAAGCCAUGGGGCUGCCCCUCAUUGCGCGGCAAGCGGCUGACAAGCUGGACCUGAUGGUGGUGAUCAACCAGAGCCCUGGCGAGUUUGUCAUUACUCGACGCACGCGCAUUUUCACCGAGACGAAGCAGCUGAAGUUCGGACAGGAAGUCAACGUCAAGAACAAUCUCAUUACCGUUACAGGUGACGCUACGCGGAUCACGACCGUCACGCAGCUUUCUGGUUUUCGAGGUGUGCUGACGGACUUGCGCACACUGGACGGACGAGGCCGAAUGCGCGUGGAACUGACGCUGGCGCUGCCGGACAAACCAGCUGUGAUUAUCAGUCGCUACUUUAACAAGACGAGCGAGUCGACGUCGUUGGAAAACCUUCCAGCGUUCGACAUCAGUCUGGAGACUGCGGGAGAUGUCAAGCGUAGACGCUGA